AUGCCUUCUCGAUUAGAUGCACCCGUCUUAACGGUAGACGUGGGUCUCAUACACAAGGUCGACACUCGCAAUGUCGAGAAUCUCUUCAGCAUGUGGACAGUAUUCUCAAGAUGUGCCGCAUCAUUAGAGCAAGGGCGUCGGUUAGAGAACCUGAGUUGGAGAUUAUGGAAUAGAGAGACCUUCUGUUGCGACCCUAUCUCAGAAGCAAACGCCACUACACCAGCCACCUCGAUCGCGUCAAGAAGUCCAGAUGGUCGAUAUUCUUCCAACGAAGUACCAAGUCUGUCCGGUAGUCUCGACUCAUUGCCCGACGAAGAAGCUCUCGAAUUCGACGACUCCACCCUGGCUUCCGAUGCAGCUCCCCUUAGCAUCCUACACCCUCAAAUAUACAGACAAGACUCUGUGAGCAGCCGGAGUCGAGGCCGUGAACGACACAUCACGCCUGACGAUCUCGAGAAGAUGGUCCUUAACAUAAAGUCACAGAAGAACAUCGAGCCGCUCUCCAUCAGCACCCACUCGUACCUCGCACCUGUUGCCCCAAUCAUUGCACCACCUCAACCAAGACCAAAGCAAAUAUCUGCACCUGCGCCAAAAAUCUCAAUACCCUCGGUCCAAAACAACUUGGCCGAGCCUGCCCCUGAUAACUCAGCCGAGUCGACCAAUUCAGACGGUGUAAGCUGCACUUCAGAGCGGAGCACAACUAGCGUAGUCAAGGGCUUUUCACCAUCACAUGUCAGCUCCUCAUAUAGGUCGAUUCCCCUCCUCAACACCCCAGCAUCCAUCCCCGAAGUGGAUCUCGCUGCCAUCACCGCCUCCAAUCCCGUCAGAGGCCCACAGCCAAAAAAGCAGACCAUGUUUGCGUUAGGAGGAUCCUCUGCGGAAGACUCUACGAGUGAGCAGAACAACUCUAUGGAGAACAGCCUUAAGCCUAUCUUAAAACCAAAGAAGAAGAGUGCCAUGUUCUCCUUUGGUGGGUCUUCAAACGAAGACGAAAGCUCUCUACCAGCUAAGAUUAACAAGAGCCAAAGCGCACUAGCCAAUGGUCUGCAACGUCCUCUCCCUGCCAAGAAGCAAACAUCUUUCAAAGAGGAGGUAGCAACACGAACAAUCCAGGAAGAGCAACCGUUUGACGAUGAUGUAUUUGAGACCGAUGAGGAGGACGACAUUGAUGAGAGCGCGAUUGAUGAUGACGAUGACUCUUCGGACUGGGAGGAUUCAGUAGAGGGCAGUGGCAACGCAAGCAUCGACGAGAGAACAUUCUUUCAACGCGUCGAUUCAAAGGCAAAUCUCACCUCGCGCCGUUCUCUAAUCACCACAAUGCUUCACCAAAGUGAUCGUGCCAACGCUUUGGCGCAAGCAGCAGCUACAACUUCGAGAUCCACACCGGCCCUCCAAAGAUCGCGAACGACCUCGCCCAAUGGUCCUUCCUUCGCCGCUUCCCCCGACUCUGACGACGCGUCUCCUCUCAUGAUGAAGAGAGGUCUAAAGCCAAUUGCCGAGAUUCCUCAAGCUGCUCGUACUUCAGCACAACCUAUUAUCCAGACUACAACAAAUAUCACUCCUCAUCAGCAAGCGCUUUCCCCGAGAACAACGCGUCGAAAGAUGAUCUAUGACGAGCUCACCGUGAGUCUUCGGCAACAUCUUGUUCACGAACACCGACAAAAGUCGCAAACCGCAAACGCGGUUCUCAAGCGUAGACAUACUACUCAGGAUGUUGCAAACCUCAAACAGUAUCCCGAGAAGGUACACAUGGAGAGCAAAGAUGGUGACGCAGUCAAUGCGAGCUGGAAUCAGUACUUCGAAGGCGGCCUAGGGGAGUACCACUCCAAGGGAUGGUGA